AUGCUUUUGCCGCUGCUGAUUGUUGGAAUGGCAAUUUGCAGAGAGAAUGCUGUGAUCCUGAUUCUUUGCAGGAACAGCGACAAGAACGGGAUAACAGAGACGAUAAAGAAUUUCGAGGAGGUGUUCAAUAAGAACUUUGGAUAUCCAUACGUGUUCCUGAACGACGAGGAGUUUACUGAGGACUUCAAGAAGUCCAUAAGAGACGUUACGUCUAGCACCGUUGAGUUUGGGAAGCUCGAGCCCGAGGAGUGGGAGGUUCCAAAGUGGAUAGACAUGAAGAAGGCAAAGGAGGAGAUGAUGAAGAUGGAAGACAAAAAGAUUAUUUAUGGAGGGUCAUUAUCGUACAGGAAGAUGUGCAGAUUCUUCUCCGGGUUUUUUUAUAGAAACAAGCUGGUCGAGAAAUACGACUACUAUUGGAGGAUAGAGCCCGACGUGAAGUUUCUGUGUCAAAUAGAGUACGACCCAUUUACAUACCUAAGGGAGAACAACAAGCAAUAUGGAUUUGUGAUAUCGCUGGUUGAAUUCAUGGAUACGAUUCCCGGUCUCUUUAGAGAGGUGUUAAAGUUCAUAACACAGAACCUGAACUCGAUUAGAAAGGUGGAUGGAAACAGGUUCAUCCUGAACAAGGAUGGAUCCUACAACGGAUGCCACUUCUGGUCAAACUUCGAGAUAGCAAGCUUUGGAUUUUUCAGAAGCGAGACGUACCAAAAGUACUUUGACUGGCUGGACAAAGCUGGAGGGUUCUUCUACGAGAGAUGGGGAGAUGCCCCAGUUCAUAGCAUUGCUGCAUCUCUCUUCCUGGAUAAGGAUCAGACUCACUUCUUCAGUGAUAUAGGGUAUGAGCACCCUCCAUUCCAACACUGCCCUCGAGAGGCGUCGAUGAGGUCCAAAUGCAAGUGCAGUAUCUCCAACUCAUUGGAUUACUCUUCAAACUCGUGUCUGGGAUUGUACAUAAAGUCUCUUCUGUGA